AUGUCUACAGCAACUAUUUCAAGUGGUGGGCCAGUAACUGGGCAUAACACAGUAGGUAUUAAUAACUCCAAUGGACCUAAUUCACCAUCCCGAUCGAAUUCUUCUGACUAUGGUUCAAGUCAAGCUCGACAAGUGGAUAUCCAUCCCAAUUUAAAACCCUUGGCUGUGUCUAGUAAUGGAAACUCCAACCCCGGUUCAAUUGCCUCGACACCUAAACUCAGUAAUACAUCGGGUCCAGUCUCAGGAGGAUACUUUGAUCAAGAACGAAAGGGACCCGUUCAUUCAAUAGCCAACAAUCAGUCAUCAUAUCAUGAUUCAGAAAGGAAAUCAUCGAUGCCUUAUAUUAGAGUACCUCCUCUAUCAGGGCCAGGAAUCUCUAAUCCACAAUCUAACGUGCCCUCUCCUACCUCUUCCCAAACGAUAUCACCUACACGGGCCACUGAAAUGAGCAGAAUGUCUGCCCCAAUCGGCUAUACAAGUGCUCAGCCUAGUGGAACUAAUACUCCGAUGUAUAAUUCGAACCAGUCGUAUCAUAUGAAUGCAAUCAACACAUCACUUGUUUAUAAUCAGCAACAGACGCAGAGCCCUAUUCAUUCUGUACCGCCAUCGACUAAUGUGAGCUAUUCCAAUCCAUUUAAUAACGGAAUGCACAAUCCUCAUCAACAUAUAGAUCAAGGAUCAGUGCACCCACAGCACGGGAAUAUGGUUCCGCCUCAAGACUAUAACAAUCACGGGCAAGUUGUCGAUACAGACCCAGCGUCACACUUUACAGAAAUUGAAGACACCGCUAGUCAUCUGUAUCACUUCGUUAGCACAGCCAAAAACGAUACCGAAGGGCCGGUCCUGGACAACCUACAUCGGCUGAUAGAACGGGUUCGGUUUGCAGGAGAGGUGCUCGAGCACUGGUACAUACGUCUCUAUGACCACCACAAGCAAAUUGCCGAUGCCCAUCAAGCGCAGGCUCAAGCACAGCAACAGCAACAACAGCAAUCAAAUCAAUACAAUAAUGGCUACGACUUUCAUCGCAGUCAUUCACAAGAGUUGGACGUAGAUGGAAACAACAACCGACGUCACUCCAGAAAGCGAACACGCUCAUCACCUCGAGAGGAAAUUCACUGUCAUCAAUGCGGUAUUACAGAUACACCGGAAUGGAGACGAGGUCCAGAUGGUGCGCGUACCUUGUGUAAUGCCUGUGGUCUGUAUCAUGCUAAGCUUGUUAAGAAAAAGGGGGAGACCGAGGCAGCUGAAAUACUUCGUGAACGAAAAGACUUCCGUGCGUCACAGGCUAACAACAAUGGUAAUGCUAAUUCAGGAAGUACAUCUAUGACAGCAGGUACAGUGAUGGGAACAAAUAUGCCCAAUACCUCCCUGCCUAUAGUAUCUCCUCGAACACCGCCUUCUCAUGUUGAACAGUAA